AUGGUGCUUCGGACGUUAUUGCGGCCCAGGUCAUUGCGACUUGCGGCAUACCGCCCAGUUCGAUUCAAAUCCUCCGCGCCUAUCAUUCACAUAGAAAACGCCUCAUUCUAUCAACAACAUCCUGACAUUGAAAAUGUGUCCAAUCCGCCAAUGUUCCCCGAUAUGACAUUCACACUCCCGGAACGAAAAUCUCAAGCGCAGCUUUGGGCUGUGAUCGGUCGCUCAAACCGAACCGACCUCCUCGACGUCUUCCGCGGCCGACACAUCUGCGUCCCGCCUCAUGCGCGCUCCUACCCAUACCUACUCACAGACAAGAUCGCCGCCAAAGAUCCACAGCUACGCUCAGUGGAAAAUGCAAUUCAAUACGUCGGAUUCAGUGGGGAAGGAUCGGAGGCUAUUGGCGGAACCCGUGGCGCGUACCUGAGUGCUCGCUAUGAGAGCCAUCGAGAAGAGACUGACUGGACAGUCCGACAAUAUCUGCGCGGUCAAACCUCGCUGAAUCCUAUGGAGGGAGAAGAAAAUGGAACCAUCCGAGAUGAAGCAUUCCUUGAGGAGGUGAUCGCCGACCUACACUUAGGAGAAUUACUUGAGAUGCCCGUGCAGAACCUGAGCAAUGGUCAAACUCGCCGAUUACGGAUUGCCAAAGCACUUUUGAAAAAGCCGGAGCUUUUGCUUCUGGAUGAGCCGUUCAUGGGACUGGACCCUGGCACGGUCACAAGUAUUUCCACCCUCCUGGAACGGCUCGCGCGGAAAUGCUCUCCCCGUAUCGUUCUAGCCCUUCGACCCCAGGACAAUGUACCAGAUUGGAUCACUCAUAAAAUGGUGCUUGGCAAUAAUCACACCAUUCUCUUGCAAGGGACAGCAAGGCAUAUACAGGAAAUAUUGGGACACUGGGCAGCUUUGCUGAGUGAGAAAGAGACUAAAAGAGUGUUGAAGGCGAAAACAGCAAAGAAGAAAUCUUUAUCGCAAACCACCACAAAAGCUCUGACCACGGCGAAUGGGGAAAAGGACGAUCGCGUCAGCAAGCGGCAACAGACAGCUGUGCAAGACGGCCUGCUCAAGAUGCAUGAUGGUGCCUUAGACAAGGAGCUGCUUUGGUGCUUGCUGAAACAUAAAAUGGAGUUUAAAACAAUCAAUGAGGUUCCAUCUAUGGACGGACAACCUGUCAUCGAAAUGGACGGUGUUCGUGUGCAGUAUGGAGACAAGGUUGUUCUGGGGGACUGGACGCAGAUUGUUGAUUCCGAACAAAAAGAAGGGCUGCAUUGGCAAGUGCGUCGUGGGCAACAAUGGGCGAUUCUUGGUGCCAAUGGUUCAGGCAAGACAACAUUAUUAUCAAUGAUCACAUCGGAUCACCCGCAGGCCUAUGCCCAACCGGUUAAGCUUUUCGGUCGGUCCAGACUCCCGGAACCUGGAGUACCAGGAAUCUCAAUCUUCGAGCUUCAGUCUCGCCUUGGACACUCCUCGCCGGAAAUUCACGCUUUCUUCCCCCGCCAGUUGACCAUUCGUCGGGCACUUGAGUCUGCUUUCGCCGAAACAUUUUUGGCAAAACCGAAGCUCAAUACUCAAAUCGAUCAUGAGAUCAAUCUUUUCCUGGCAUUGUGGAAGGCUGAACUAGAUCCGAAAUUCGAAGCAAAUGAAGGCACACAGGUCUCAACGCAACAUUUCCCAAUGCCACCAAAAAGCCAAGAAAUUGUCGGCCAGUCUACAGCCCAGUAUGCCUUGGAUCUGAUCACCGAGUAUGCGGACAACAUUACAUUUGGUCAACUCAGCGUUGCCCAUCAACGUAUUGUGCUUUUCUUGCGAACUCUGAUCGCCAGACCGGAUAUCAUCAUACUUGAUGAAGCCUUCUCUGGACUCUCUGCUUCUCAACGCGAAAAGUGUUUAGCGUUCCUUGAAAGUGGCCGGGUCACCCACAAAACUGGAACAAAAGUCUCUCGAAGCGAAGAAAAUCUAUAUACAUUUAAAGGGCUCACGAAGGAUCAGGCUUUGGUUGUGAUCAGCCAUGUGCCAGAGGAGAUCCCAGACAGUGUUCGCUUCUUCAUGCGCUUGCCAUCCGAUCCGGGUCCUGGCGCUGAGCCUCUUGAUUUCCGUCUUGGAAUGUUAGGAAAAAGGAGCGCUCUUAGACUCCCGAAGUGCUGGAGACAGGCAUGGCUGCCUCGCUCUCAGUCCGACGAGAGGCUUUUGUGCACAGAAAGUUCCAAAAGGCCCGGGGUGUUCAUGAAACUUGGGUGGUGGACAAUAUAG